AUGGAUCAGAAGAUAGUGUUCAGUGAGAAGCUCUCCAAGGCAGAUACCUUGAUUCUCAAGAACCUUGAGGCCGACAUCAAGGAUGUAUCAUCAAGGCCUCCUCCGUCCAACGGCCAUGCCGCCGGCAAAGAGAACGGUCACACAAAGACCGCCAAUGGCUCGGCCUACCACCCAGAGGAUCCCGUGUCGGUGCCCAGCGAGGAGGAGGCCAACCGUGACGAGGCGGCCCUGGCCAUGAUGACGGGCAUGAACGACCCAAGCGGUACCUACUUUGAGCCCUCCGUCUUCAACACCUGGGAUCUGAGCACGUUGGGCAAGCUGCCGCCCGUGCUGGACCGGCUGCUCAAGUCCUACGUCGAGCUGGGCAAGUCCAUCGUGCGCGUCGAGACGGACGUCGUCAUGCUCACCCACAUGAUCCUGUACUUCACCACCUCGGUGCCGUCGGCCCUGUGGCUCUUCUACCACUUCACCUGGGUCCACGGCGUCAUGCACACCGUCAUGCAGGUCUCCUACACCGGCGCCUACACCCUGAUGAUGCACCAGCACAUCCACGGCCGCGGCGUUCUCAACAAGUCCUACGCCUGGUUCGACCUCACCUUCCCCUACCUGCUGGACCCCCUCAUGGGCCACACCUGGAACUCGUACUUCUACCACCACGUGAAGCACCACCACGUCGAGGGCAACGGCCCGGACGACCUGAGCUCCACCAUCCGGUACCAGCGUGACAGCCUCUGGCACUUCUUGCAAUACGUCGGGCGCUUCUACUUCUUCGUCUGGCUCGAGCUUCCCCUCUACUUCUUUAGAAACAACAGGCCGGUGUUCGCGCUCAAGGCAGCCUUCUGGGAGUUCAGCAGCUACGCCCUGCAGUACACCAUGUGGAAGCUCAACUGGAGGGCGUCCAUCUUUGUGUUCCUGCUGCCCCUGGCCAUCAUGCGCCUUGGCUUGAUGAUUGGAAACUGGGGCCAGCAUGCGCUCGUGGACCGGGACGAGCCAGACAGCGACUACCGGUCAAGCAUCACCCUGCUCGAUGUGCCAAGCAACCGCCACUGCUUCAAUGACGGGUACCACACCUCUCAUCAUCUCAACCCCAUGAGGCACUGGCGCGAGCACCCGGUGGCCUUCCUCAAGGCCAAGCACACCUACGCCUCGAACGGCGCCCUGGUCUUCCACGACAUCGACUACCUCUUCAUGACGGUCACGCUGCUCCGCAAGGACUAUGCCCGGCUGGCCGAGUGCAUGGUGCCCAUUGGCGAGAAGCAGAUCCGCAUGACCAUGGAGGAGCGCGCCGUGAUGCUCAGGAGGCACACGACUGCCUUCACCGAGGACGAGAUCAAGGCCAAGUUUGGCAACGCCAAGACGGAGUGA